CACACACCCACCCGCAUCCAGACCCAUCAUGGUCAAACCCCCCGCCGAAUCCAAGCCGACCACAGCUACCAUUCCCCAGGGAGAUCUCCAUCUCCGCAGUCUGGCAUGAACUCCCGCAACGGCUUUCCCAACUCCGGCCCCAGCCCCUCCGAUCGAAACUAUGCGUCUUCGAGGAAGUUGGAAAACCCGGCGAUCAAUCCGCUAGUUACGAACAAUGGCUAUGGCCCUUCGGGCUCGCGAGAGCGUAGGCCCGGCGGGUACGGAGGGCUCUACGAUACGCAGCCGUCCGAGCCGCUGGAGAGGGAGCGCCGGACGCCCUCCUCGUCGCGCUCGCGGGCAAGGUCGCGGGCCAGGGAUGAUGGGCGAUUUGGUGGAGGGCAGGGCGGUCGGCAUGAUGAUGGAGGACAGUAUGGAGGAGUGAGAGGCCAGACGCCGGUGGGUUCGGGGCGGAGUCACCAGGUUGAUGAUAUUAUUCGUCUUAUCCAUCAGGAAUGGGAUGUCAUGUCCAGCGACGACUGUAUACCAGUCCAGAUUGGGCUUCAGUUGAUGGACAGCAGCACCCUCGGCCAGGCGGACAGAGAACCAGACUUUGUACGAGCGCAUAAGGGUUUAAAGAAGGCUCUGAAGGCUAUUGUCAAUGAACAUCAUCAGGGGUUUAGCGGCGCGAUUGGCACCUAUCACAGCAUUCAAUCUAGCAUCCAAAACUCUCAAGGCCGGCUUCGAUCGUUAAAGUCUACACUCGCAGAAGCUAGAUCGGGAUUGCUCACGACGAAACCGGAACUCCAAGGCCUAGCAACGGCUGCACAAAGCUAUGAUGAUUUGUUGCAAUUGCUGAACCAAAUAGAACAUAUACAAUCCCUUCCGGAGACGCUCGAAGCACGAAUAUCAGAGAAACGAUUUAUAGCCGCUGUGGGUGUUCUGAAGGAAGCAAUGGAUCUAGUACAUCGCCCAGAAUUCGAGAAUAUUGGCGGGCUCGGAGACUUGCGAACUUAUUUUGCCAACCAAGAGACAUCGUUGAUGGAUAUUCUCAUUGAGGAGCUACACGAUCACCUGUACCUCAAAUCCCCGUAUUGCCAGGACCGCUGGAAGACACCCGCGGAGGAUGGAAUGGGUGGCGCGAGUACCCCGCGUGGAAUCGCUACUUGGGAUAAGCCAGUGUAUAAGUUCUUGUCAAACCUCAAUGUGACUACGCCCCUCGUUGACGAUACAUCCAAUAACCCGGAAGCCGAUACAUUUUCCUAUAUCCAUUUGAUUAUCGAAACUCUCCACAAGAUGGGAAAUAUGGAAGCUAUGGUUGACCGUAUCGAACAGAGGCUCCCCGUUGAACUCUACGCUGUCGUUGACAAAACAAGUGCCGAAAUAGCCGCCCGGUAUCAGGAUUCUACUCGCAGGGUGCAGAAAGAUGCUCAUGCCCCUGAUAGGCCUCUGGAUGUUAUUGAGGAGCGUGGCCAUAUCCUUUCCGAAUUUUUGUGGGGUUUGUAUGCAAAAUUUGAGGCGAUCGCUGAGGGACAUCGUGUCGUUCACGACAUCGUCGUAGGAAUUGCCAAGAGGGAAGGUAACCAGAAAGAGACAUUAAAGAAUGGCUUCAAGGAGCUAUGGAAGUUGUACCAGAGUGAGAAAUUAUUCAAGUUGUCCGAAAUCGACCAGAACUCAGCCGAUAUCAAAACUGAACAAGCUGACUUGGACGAAAUCUUGCGAUCAUCCGUGCCCGGUCUCGUAUCCAAAUCGCGGCAAAAGCUUUCAUCUAGCGGCCCAACUCGUUCCGAUCAAGAAAGCUCAGGGACGGGCCAUAAAUUGCUUAUCGAACCCAAUGUCUUUAACAUUAGCCUACUCCUACCUCCAGCUCUGUCCUUCAUCCAACGCCUCACAGACAUCGUUCCGAUUGAUUCGGAUAUCGAUGUUAACAAGCUGACUACGUCUUUGGACGAUUUCAUGACACAUGUCUUCCAGCCACAACUAGAGGAGGCUGUGACAGAAUUAUGUGCCAUGUGUUUUAUUGCAGCGGACGCAUAUAUGGAGGAUCCGCAAUGGAGCUUGCACUCGACAAAGCCAAUAUUCAAGGGAACAAUCACCUUCAUGGACCUUAUCAGGAGGUUUAGCCGGGUCUUGGAUAGUAUUCCUCAUGAUCAAGCUUUCACACAAUUGUUGAUCGGCCAAAUGGUCACGUACUAUGAGAAAUGCUGCGGCUGGUAUAAAGCUCUUGUGAGCCGAAUGUCUUCCCUUUACCCAGGUGGCAUCCGAUUGAAAGCUUCGGCAGCAUAUGCAGAGGCUGAGGACACCCGCAGCAUCGCGACGCAGCUUUGGGAGAGCCAUGUGAGUGAGCGACAGGAGCUCAUGAACAAGGAAAUUGAUCUAUUGAUCAACCGGACAAAUAAUACAUCCUUAGAACCGUACGAUAUUGUUUCAGACCCAAAAACAGUUUAUUCAGUUUCAUUGCUCUAUAACAGCAUGAAUUGGCUUGUAAGCAGCCUGUCGAAACUGCGACAUAUUACGCCAUAUACGGCCGAUUCUUCUCGAGGACACUCAAGGCAGCUCUCAGGUGGCCGUCGAUGGACAUUUUCAAAAACAAGAUCUGAACUCUGGGCCCAAUCUCCUCGUUUACCUAUGACCGAAGAAUCGGUUAAGGGCUUUGAUACAACUCUUGAAUCGAUCAAAAGUCUGGCAAUCACCGCUCUCUUGACACUCCAUCUGGACAUCCGAUGCGGAGCGAUUCACAUGGUCACCCGCAGUCUAAAAGGCGGCAUGAGCUCCCAGCGAACAGAAGCCACGCCAUCAACUCCUGUAUCCUCGACGGACAACAAUUGGACCCACAUUCUCUCGGCGCAGCCGACUUCUGCAUCUCCUGCCAUCCUUGAGCUCAACAACGACCUUAUUUCUUUCGACGCCAGUAUAACCACUUAUUUAGGGCCCAGAGAACAUUUCUUCAUCACCUCCGGCCUCGCGAAUUUGAUAGACCGAGCAUUCGUCUCUGGCACCCGAUUCAUCGGUGCAAUGAACGUCAAUGGUGCCCAGAGACUUCAACUGGACGUCCUCGUCCUGCAGCAGAAUCUUAAAAAUAUAAUCGUACCCCCACCCCAACCCGCAGCCAAGUCGACACCCAAAUCGCCGUCUUCCGAACAAAAAAUCAACGCCGUCAUCCAGGAAACUGUUGCCCUUCCACGUAGCGCUAAGUUCCUUGACUGGUUCUUAGAAGGCCCGGAUAAAGCCGUGCAACACGCCAAAGAGGAAAAAGAAGCCUUUAGGCGCGGAGAUGUUCAAGCCAUGGAGGCCGGGAACGGCGAGCCGUUUACGUACGAUGAGUUAAAGGUGCUGGUCGAGCUGUGCUUUUCUGCAGUACUCAAGGGGCCAAGGGGAACAGAGAGCCGAGAAGACUUUUUGGCUGCGAAGAGGGGAAGUGGGGAUGCAUUGUUGCGACUGAGCGAGGUUAUGUGGGAUUCUUAGUUUCUGCGAAGGAUUUGAGCGCGUUAUUUUUCUUUUCCUUGUUCCCAGGCAUUUCUUUUGAUUCACCUCGAUGAAAGGUGUUUUGAUACUCCGUACUCGCUACAUAUGUGUUGCAUUUCCUUUCCCCCUCUCCUUCACAGCCGAAAGCAAUAGCUUCACUUGUUAUGCUGCAUUUAUCCGCUAUGAUCUACAGAGUACAGUUUCCCCUCCCCCUUCCUUUUUUUUUUCAAAAAAAAAAUUUUUUUUUCCAAUCAACACAAUGAGAAUCUUGCCGUGCAAUUUGUUCUAUAGGCCGCGCUAUUCGUAUCGCUG